GCUGACACGGCUCUAUCACUACAUGUACGGAGCGUUUGGCUGGAUUGUUGAAUACAGAGAGAUGGGCACAAAAAGUUCAAGGGAAUUGUCAUUCCUUGUUGUAACUCCCACAGAUCCUUUCAUCAUCAGCCAAUCAGUGUUCAGCAAACAGGUACUGUGACAGAUACCACACCUAAGACAGGCACUAGCACGUGGAGGAAAGAACGAGACGGUGAAGAUUAGAUACAAAGAGUCGGUAGAGGUGUAAGGAAGGCUGUCGUCAAUUACAAGGAGAAAAAAAAGACUGGGACUGGUUCAAGAAUCUGAAUGCAAUUCAUGUGGAUUAUUUUGGAAAGUGAACUGAAAGUUUAGAUCAGCAGAGAAACAACAUAACAAGGACUCACUGUCUGAGAAAAGGAGAGACGCAGAAUAAAGAGUGUGGAGGAUGGACACAUGGCUGAAUGAAGUCCAGAAGCAUCCAGCCCUGUAUGUCUUGUGCUGUUCUGUAAUCUUCAGGAUCCUUCACAGGUUCCUGCAGACUGUGCCCAGUCCCGAGAUGGUGGAAGCAGACACCUGGAGGACGUGGAAAUGGAGGAACCUCUCAGUGUCACUCGUCCACUCAAUGCUGACUGGAAUCUGGGCUGUCACCUGUGUCAUACAGCAUCCUGUGAUGGUGCAUGAAAUCCACUCCACAUACACCCCAUCAGCGUACAUGCUAGUCGUCGUCUCCUCUGGCUACUUCAUUCAGGAUGCUGGUGACAUUAUUUUUAGUGGCUACGCAAAAGCAUCUUGGGAGUUUUUACUUCACCAUGUUAUGGUGAUCUGGUGUUUCCUGUAUGCUGUGUUCACUCAUCAGUAUGUGGCAGGUGCAGUAGUGGCUUUAUUUGUGGAGGUGAACAGUGUGUUCCUACACACACGUUUAUUGCUCAAACUGGCUAAGGUGGCCCACGAGUCUUUCAUCUACACCGUUAACAAACUGUUAAAUGUUGUGACCUACGUGACCUUCCGGCUUGGAGCACAGUUUUACCUCACCUGGUACCUAAUAUACCACUACUCAACGUUGGAUCAUGCGCUCUACUUCCUGAUAACCAUGAUGCUCAUGAACAUCAUGAUUCUCAUCUAUUUCUACCGUCUUCUCCGAACCGACUUCUUCAGCAAGGGGCGUUCUCAAAACAGUGGUCGUAAAUUUGCUGAGGACUAAACCAUCAGAGGCUGGUGUCUAUCGGUCCUAAACCAAAGACUGCUUUCAAGUGAAUGUUAACACAAAAUUUAUCCAUAGGAUGCCUGUACUGAAUGAGCAAACCUCACCAGAGAGAGUCUGAUGUGAAUCAGAGACAUUUAAAAAGUUUUCAUAUGUUAGAAUAAAACUUAAACUCAAUAAACAACUUUAAAGUCAA